AUGGAUGAAAGUUCAUCAGAUGAUGUCACUGCUCACAUUCUACACAUAACCUGGAUCGCCAUCACCUGUUCCAUUUCCUGUUCUAAGUGUGUGUGUGUGUGUGUGUGUGUUCUCUCCAGGCUUGUUUCCACAGUCCAUGCGCUGGUCGUUGGGCUCUUCUGUCUCUACAUCCUUUGUUUCGACGACAAAGUCAACGCCGACCCUGUCUGGGGAGACCCCACUCUUGUGAAGCUCAACGUAGCCAUUACCUGUGGCUACCUCGUUUAUGACCUGGUGCUGCUGGCAUGUAACUGGAGCACCAUGGGAGACGGCUUCUUCGUGUGUCACCACUUGGCGGCGCUCUACGCUUACGGAUACGUCCUGACUCGAGGCGUACUUCCCUACUUUGCCAACUUCCGUCUCAUUUCAGAGCUGUCCACACCGUUUGUGAAUCAGAGGUGGUUCUACGAGAUGCUGAAGUACCCGCGCUCCCACCGGCUGGUGGUCCUGAACGGCGUGGCCAUGGCGGUGGUCUUCUUCCUGGUGCGCAUCGCCGUCAUGCCGCCUUACUGGGCCAGCGUCUUCGCCACCUUCGGGACGGAGAGCUUCGCGCGGCUCGGCCUGGGCGCCCAGGUGGCCUGGAUCUCGUCCUGCAUCGCGCUGGACGUCCUCAACACCAUCUGGAUGUACAAGAUCGCCCGCGGCUGCUACAAGGUGCUGACGGGCGCCGCCGCACGGCGCUCCAAGGCGGCGCCGGAGCUGGAGCCCCGGGCGGCGCUGCCGUCGCCGCCGCCGCAGGACGCCGUGAAGAACCACGCCGACUGAAGCCGCCGGAGGUGGAGAUGCAUGGGGAGGGGGGGGGGGGGGGGGUUCAAUGUCUCGAACCCCCCCCCCCCCUCCCCCCACCCACCCACCUGACCCAAUCAGCCCCCCUGGAGUUCGACUGACAAGCACACGCUAAAGUAACCCGGUCGUGUCCCCCCCCCCCCCCUCCCUCCCUGUUCUAGCAUCACUACGCCCUUAUCUACUACUACUACUACUACUACUAAUACUCCCUUUCUUUCCCUCACCCUGCCCCUAGUUUCUCUCUCUCUCUCUCUGCCUUCGGCUGAAGGGCCCGAGAGUCCAGAAAAGCAAUAAUUGCAGUGGAAGGAAAAAUCGGCGGAUUUGAUCAGAAUCACUUUCUCCUCCCCCGCCACCUCCUGUCCGUCAUCAUCACCUCCACCUCCCCGUCGUCACCUCCUCCUGCCCCUCACUCAUCACUACACCCCCCCCGUCCUCUGCUUCCUCUAUCCCCCCCCACCUCCCCCAGUCUUGUUGAUGAAGCUCUGAAAACAGUUUCUGUCGUCUUGUUAUGGUCCGGUUUAUUCUGCAGUCCUCCAUCGUUCCGGCAUCUCCCCGAGGCCCCGGCGACUCAGAACAGAGGUCUCCAGGAAACACACACACACAACCACACACACACAACCACACACAGACACACAGACACACAGACAAGACACACAGACCAGGGUGUCACGUAGGCCGGGGACGCUAGGACACCAGCUCACAACGCCCUUUGACCUCUGACUGGUGGGUGUGGGGGGCCAACAGUGCGUGCUCCGGUCGGGAGCAGGGGGGGGGGGGGGAACACUGUCAUCGACUCAGUAUUUCUCAUGCGGGACACGGAGGCUGGCUACCCUGGGACCCCCCCCCCACACACACACACACACACACAUACACAUACACAUACACAUACACAUACACAUACACAUACACAUACACACACACACACACACACACACACACACACACACACACACACGGCGUCCCCCGCGCCCCGGUCCGAUGAGACCCCUCAACAGUUCAUCACAAACCUCUGCCUCAGCGGCCAGGGGAGACUUCGGUUGAGCCGGUUGUUUUGGUUGCGUUCUACCUCUCUUCCCUGCCUUAUAAAGACUACAGGAGGACUCACUCCAGCCCUCUGCGUUCACUGUCGCACUCAGCCCAAUGGUUAUUGCUUGUGUGUGUGUGUGUGUGUGUGUUUUUUGUUUUUCAUUUUCCCGUACCGAGGGGGUUUUAGUCAUGGGAAGAAUCAAAUCCGAUGUGUAUCUCCAUCACUCGUUCAUUGAACCCAAGAGAGCUUUUUAUCUUCUUUAUUCUCUUUGUUCUUCUUUUGUGCUCUCUCUCUCUCUCUCUCUCUCUCGUCGCUUCAGUCGAUUAUCUCUGGAGAUUUCCUCUGCCAGCCCAGUUGGGUAUCGCUAGCGUUCAUACGCCAACGUUGACAUGCUAGCGUUUAUCUGCUAGCUCGCGGGCAUCUCCGUGGUUCUUAGUGACGCUGUGACGUCUAUACACGCGUGCGUUCGGCGUGUGCUGUACAAUGCUCCCCGCACAGAAUGUCUGUCCCGUGAAUGAUCCUGGUAUACUAUUAUACAGAGAAUCAAACGACAGAUAAUCACACAUGCUCAAUCGGUUUCGGGAGUCGAUCCCUGAGGUGGCUAGCCAUGUGCUAACAUAAGCAGCUAGCUGCUUGUUCUGGUUUUAGUUUUUACGAUGAUAACUUUGGAUCAUUGAUAACCUCGCUAUAAAGCAUGAUUAAUAUACAAUAUUUUUGGAGGCCUUAGGAAAAAUAGAUUGAAUAGAUGAAUGAGACCUCUAAAUAUACACGAUUUUAAUGUUAAUCCAACGAUUUAAUGUUAAUCCAACGAGGGUUUCUCUACCCCGAUUUCUUUUUUUUUUAUAAAUCUAGUGCGUUGUGUCUCUUCUUAAGAGCAGAGUAUAUGCAUGUGUUGGUUUAUUUAUGUGUGCUGCUCUGGGUUAGGGCCAGAGGUCGUCUGAGAAGUCGGCCGAUCUCUUCCUUCAAAGAGGAGGGGUUGUCCAGGGAUAAAGACCGCCCAGUAAUAAUUGCCCAGUAAAAAUCUGAAAUGACUCUAAUCUGAAUUGACUAGGUCUUGGGAGUAGGCUGGGUCUAUUUUUGUCUCAGUUUGACCCCCUUUCGGUCAGUCAGUUGGUGGAGGUGUGCGCUCGUUCUGGCCUGGAGGUGCGAUGAAGGACGACAGACUCACUGUGUGUCCUCUGCAUCAGGCAAACCCUGACCACCUGUCUGUCUGUCUGCCUGCCUCCACCAACCCGUCGGUCUGCCUGCCUCCACCAACCCCGUCGGUCUGCCUGUCCCUACCGGUUCGUUUGCCUCUAGCUGUCAUCGGUCUGUCUGCCUCUCGCGGCCUGUCCCCAUUACCUGUCCCCAUUACCUGUCUCUCUGUCCGUCUCUACCUGUCUGUCUGUGGCUUCACACCAGCAGGGGCUGUGAUUUGUCUAACAACCCUUUUCUUUGUUCUUUUAGAAUGACCUUUGCCCUUUUUUAAAGCUGAAAUCCCCCCCCCCCUCCUUCUAUAUUCCUAAUAUGAAUACUGUAUAUAAUGUAUAUGUAUACUGUAUAUAUGUAUACUGUAUAAUGUAUAUGUAUACUGUAUGCAUAUAUUUUUGUAACCUGCCUGCACAAUGAAUAAUCCGGCCAAGUAUUAUCGUAGACAUCAUCUGAGGGGGUCUCCUCCCCGGGGGGGGGGGGGGGGAAAUCAUGUGUGUGGACGGGGGUCUGGCUCCUGUGAAUGUGAUGCGGCAUAAUGAGCAUCUUUUAACGCCCAUGGGGAUGAGACUGGAACUCUCAAUGAACACACACACGCAUUAAAUUAUAUUUUGGACUUCUUCCUCGUGUUUUGGGGUCGCGGACGUGCCGAGAUCCUGUACUCCUGUCCGGCUGACCUCUGGAACUUUAAAAGCUGUGAAUCCGUCACAACGGUGACUACAUCGAGGGUCUGACAUGGAGAGGGGGGGGGGGGGCGGUGACCCCGUCAUGAGACUGAUAAGGAGGAGCUGGGAUAACGUCAUCAUCGGCCCGUUUUUGUGUCGUAGUUUUAUUUGUGUUUUUAUUUUUGUACGCCACCUUUGGAUGCCUUUUUGAGUUCAGACUGGUACUAGGACUCUGGUUUCAGAGGGUUUCCCGCGGAUCUCUGCCUCCGUAGGGGUGGGGGGGGUCCCGGGUACAGAUCAGGUGGCUGGGGUGGGGGGGGGGGGGGGGGGGGUCGGAGGGUAGGUGUGAUCUCAAUACAAUCGUUACAAUGCAAACGGUGAGGGCGAGGUUGGGGAGGGAAUAAUUGUUUUGGGAAGUUACAAAUUGUCGAUAAAGUUGUGAUUGAUUUGGUGAGGGCAGAUUGUAGAGGCGUAACGAAGAUGCCUGCCGGCUCGCGAUUGGUCCGUUUGACCCGCUGCUCAGUGGGAGCAGAGAGGCGUCCGAUUGGAUAGCGCCGGACUCUUAACCGCCAUGCUGAGAGGUCACCUGGUACCCAGGGCGACAAGGUCAUUCAAUCCUAUUGUAGAGGUCGGCGGCAUUCAGACUUACCAAGUACAACGGCACUUUUUGAUCUUGUACUAACGAUGCACAAUGUGUUAGAAUUGAGAAUAGCCUGACUUAAUGAGGUUGGGUUAAUCGAACAGAAAACAUGAUCUGAAUGAGAAUGAUUAGAGUGAAAACAAUUAAAAUCUUGCCAGUGAAGCUUCUGAUCUUCUUACUUUUUGUUUUGUCACUUUUUAAUUUCCUCUUUUAAUACAAUGCAAUCUUUAGUUUUUGUUUUUCUGUUCAAGCUGUUUAUUCUGGAGGUUUUAAAGGGGACAUAUUAUACCACCAGGUGUGAGUGUGAUUAGCCUAAAAAGCCGUUUCGAAAAUCGGUGGACAGUGGGCGAGUCCACCUAGAUCUGUGCUGGAUAGAUCAGUUUACCGGCCUACCCAGUGGACUGAAGUAAACGUUGCUCAUCUAUCCAGCACAGAUCUAGGUGGACACGCCCACUAGUGAUGUCAUAUGGGGCAGAUUUUCGAAACGGCUUGUAAGGCUAAUCACACUCACACCUGGUGGUAUAAUAUGUCCCCUUUAAUGUGAAGCGGUGAACAGUACACACACAGGCCCUGUAUACUUGUGUCUCGGAUCAACGCCGUCUACGAUGACCACUACUAAUGAUCGGAUUGUAGCGAUGAAGCUGAGACUUACUUGAAUGUUAUGUCAUUCAAUAAAGUUGAUGACGGGGCGGAAGUUGA